AUGUGGAGAGUUGAUGCCUGUUCGACAGAUUGUUUACAAAAGCCGGACAUCAUCUUUAACUUUGAGAAGGUCUACUUCAUCCUGGAUGAGUUCCUGGUGGGAAGAGAGAUCCUGGAGACCUCCAAGACAGCUGUGGGCAUCGCUAUUGAGGAGGCAGAGACACUACAAGAGAAGAUGGAGGAGUAUAUGAGUAAACCGACCUACUGCACCAAUAACAGGGACUUCCAAUCUUGUCCCAUUUCUGCAACUCCUGUACGGACUCUGUCAAGAGCCAUGUGUCCUCUGAAACACGACCCCUCCAAGCUGCACUGCUUCUUGACCCGGCAUCACCAAUGUGUCGGAGGAAACGGUGUACAACUGGCGACUGUGUCAGCGUGUGUGCUCCCGGCCCGCCACAAGGAGUCACUAGAGUGCGAUAGGAAAGGACAUCCCGGCUGGCCAAACCCUCCCCUAACCCGGAUGACGCUGGGCCAAUUUUGCGCCGCCUUAUGGGUCUUCCGGUUGUGGCCGGCUGCAACACAGCUCGGGAUUGAACCCGGGUCUUUAGUGAUGCCUCAAGCACUGCGAUGCAGUACCUUAGACCGCUGCACCACUCGGAAGGCCCCUAUAAGCACUUUCUGAAAGAUGCGUUAGGAGUUUUAUCAUUUAGGAGUUCAUUUUAAAACACAGAUAUUAACUUUGAGAUUUAUUUUUAAAUGUGUUAUUAGUUCAAAUUAUUUUAGAAUUACAAAUUUGAUAGUAUCACAUAUGUUUUACAGUAAUUGUAGCCUGCUUUGCUUUAUCUGAUUUUUAAGCAAAUAUGUUAUUUUAGCUUAUUGCUGCUGCAUUUUAAAAUGUUUUAAUUCAGUUGUGAGUUGAUCCAAGGAUUGUAACCACAACUUCUUACCACUUCGAAAGUCACAUUUCUUAUUUUAAUUCUACGUUGACUAACAUAGCCACUGCCUUAUUGUAAUAUUUCUCAGUUGGCAAUCUAGAGCCAGAGGGUUCUAAGAUUGAAGCUUAAGGUUGACAUUUUGGAAAGUGAUGCCUACUCAGUGCCGUUAAAGCUGUACUGCCUGAAUAAAUAGUUUUGUUU